GUGAGGUGCCAGCGUGCGGGCAGCUGCCUUUGUAAGGAUAUCGCAGCGCUGGGCGGCUGCCGCUCUCGCGGUUUUCUUAGUAAUUCCGAUGAAACGUUUGUAGGGGACACGCUGAUCUUGUUGGCAGGCUCUUUACACAGCAGAGGCGUUGUUCAGUGUAAAGCGAAGAUCGCAUUUUGUAUGAGACCUUGACUUUUUUUUUUCUUUACAGUAUAUUUUUAUACACUUUGUUAUAAAAUAUGGUGCUGGGGAAGGUGAAGAGUUUGACAAUAAGCUUUGAUUGUCUCAGUGACAGCAAUAUCCCCGUCUAUUCUAGCGGGGACACAGUAUCAGGAAGGAUCAGUUUAGAAGUUACUGGGGAAAUUAGAGUGAAAUCUCUUAAAAUUCAUGCAAGAGGACGUGCAAAAGUACGUUGGGCCGAAUCUAGAAAUGCUGGAUCCAACACUGCCUAUACACAAAAUUACACUGAAGAAGUAGAGUAUUUUAACCAUAAGGACGUUCUAGUCGGGCAUGAAAGAGAUGAUGACAAUUCUGAAGAAGGCCUUCACACCGUUCAUUCAGGAAGGCAUGAAUAUGCAUUCAGCUUUGAGCUUCCACAGAUACCACUUGCUACCUCAUUCGAAGGCAGACAUGGCAGUGUGCGCUAUUGGGUGAAAGCUGAAUUGCAUAGGCCUUGGCUUCUGCCAGUAAAAUUAAAGAAGGAAUUUACAGUCUUUGAACAUAUAGAUAUCAACACUCCUUCAUUACUGUCACCCCAAGCAGGCACAAAAGAAAAGACUCUAUGUUGUUGGCUUUGUACCUCAGGCCCAAUAUCUUUAAGUGCCAAAAUUGAAAGAAAGGGCUACACCCCAGGUGAAUCAAUUCAGAUCUUUGCUGAGAUUGAGAAUUGCUCUUCCCGUAUGGUGGUGCCAAAGGCAACCAUUUACCAAACACAGGCAUUCUAUGCUAAAGGGAAAAUGAAGGAAGUCAAACAGCUUGUUGCCAACCUCCGUGGGGAAUCCUUGUCAUCUGGCAAAACAGAAACCUGGAAUGGCAAACAGUUGAAAAUUCCACCUGUUUCCCCUUCAAUCCUUGACUGUAGUAUAAUCCGUGUGGAGUACUCACUCAUGGUAUAUGUUGAUAUUCCAGGAGCCAUGGAUUUAUUCCUUAACUUACCAUUGGUCAUUGGUACCAUUCCUCUACAUCCAUUUGGUAGCAGAACAUCAAGUGUAAGCAGCCAGAGUAGCAUGAACAUGAACUGGCUUGGUCUGACACUGCCUGAAAGACUAGAAGCACCUCCUAGCUAUGCAGAAGUGGUCACAGAGGAAAACAUACAGUCCGGCCUUGCACCUGUGGCUGCUUUUGAUGAUUUUCAGAGAGCACUGCAAGGACCGUUAUUUGCAUACAUCCACGAGUUUCGUUUUCUGCCUCCUCCCCUAUAUUCAGAAGUAGGUAUAUCUGUCAGAAUAUGAUGAUUUAUAUAUUGUUUGUUACUGAUUGUUAUAGCAACCACUAAACUGUUUUACCUGCAUGUGUGUUUAAAUUCUGUGGAUGUAGGGCUUUCAGAAGUUUCAUGUAGAAAAGUGAUGUAUUGGUAUUAAUUUAUGACUUAAAUUUUCUGAAGUACACAGUUCAACACUUUUGGCCUUUACAGAACUAUAAAUGAAGCCACUGAAUAACCAUGAUUGAGAUGCAAAUUUCAAAGCUUUUCAUGUUUGUCUUUUUCAAGAAAAAGCAAUGAUAUAGGACAAAUGAAAAAAAAAGUGUCCUCUGGCCAAAGUCUUUUUGAAUUUACCUACUUUAGGAAAAUAGCACUGUGUAGCACAACCCCCCCCCAGGCUUGAAACACAAAAAAAGGCUAUAUGAAGUUAACUGAUGUAAUGUUGUCCAAAAGAUGCAAUGUACACUUAAACCAU